AUGACUACUGGAGACCUAAAAAACAACCUUCGAAAGUUUGUUUCAGAGCUGAAACAAGUUCACUUCCCUCAAAGUGAACUUGACCUCAAAGGAAUUGCUCAGGGAGUUCCAAAAGCGUUUCUUCCAGUUGUUCAUCAUGUCUUUCUGGAUUACUCAAUUUCUUUGGCCCAGUACUUUGCCAAUAAAGAGUACGACCUGUAUGGGAAAACAGAUUUGCGGUUCAUGGAACCUGUAUACAAAGUUCUUCGAGACGAAUUUGGUUACAAACCUCAAAUUACAAAAGAACAGUUUCUUACAAUCGGCUUUGCGGAAAGAAAGAUCCUCUCUCUUUGUGAAAUUCUGAAACUUUUGAGAGGAAAACAUGAUGAGCUUAAUCCCAAAACCAAGAGUGAAAGAAAGCGGGGAAGGAACAUUUCACACCUGACCAGUAAAGGUACCACGGAGAAAGAGAGUUCUUCAGUUAUUAAAGACGUUAUAGCCAGAUAUGAUUACUUUCCUGGGCCACUUCCAGUGAAUACAGACAUGAAAAGAUUUCAGAGCAACAAAGAAGCAACAGAAGCCGGCUUGGGGUUAACAGAACCUCUUGUAACUCGAGUGAUUCCUGAUGAGGAUGAUAUCAUUAUGAAUAGUGAAGAAGCUACAAGAUGUUGCUCUAAAACACCUGGCAAAGAUCAAAGCAGUGGUACUGUUCCAUCAAAUUUGGUUGUUAAAUCUGUUAGUGAUGAAUGCCAAUUUGGUGUUAAAUUUCCAGUGUCAAGAAACCUGGAAAUUAGAUCAAAUUUUUGUCAACAGCCUCAGUUGAACUGGAUUACUGGACAUUCUCAGGGGAAGUCAGUAACUAGGGAGGAUCAAGCCAAGGAAUCUCAGCCCUGGCCAACCAAAUCAGCAGAAGCACUUCCCUUAGAAGUUCCAUUGUCCUGUGGACCAAAUCCUUCAAUCUCUGUACCAGCAAGAAUUCACACCAUCCCUUAUUCAGAGAGAUCAGUAUUGUCUUAUCCAAUGGACUUGGAUACUACUGUCAACGUGCAAACAAGGCCUCAAUCUAUUCCAUCACCAGUAUGCAUGACAACAGCCCCUACACCAAGUCCUGACUUGAUGCUUACACCUGUCAUUAAGGGAGUUCAUCAUUCCACUGUUCCUAUUUUAAGCUGUCAAAGAGAGUCAGAUUUGCAGGCAUACAAAGUCCCAGUAGUAGAAGAUAACCUUCCAGCCACAAAAGUUGUACGACAUUCAAAUUCAUUUGAAGCUGUUUCAAAUGUUGCUGUUUCAGCACAUCCAUCUUCAAGUGUUGAGAAUGUGACCCAGGUUGUUGUCCUCAAACAACAAGUUCAGGAAUUACAAGAGAAGUUUGAUGCCAUGACCUUGUUAAACAAUGAAAUGUCAGCCCGAGUGGUGCUUCUGGAGAGCAGAAUGAAGCUUCUUGAAGAAGCCUGUGAAAAAAAACCAUGCUGUUCUUGUAAUAAUCACCCACCAACAAGCGAAGACAGUACUUUACAAAAAGACAUUGUGUCAGUUGUGUCUGGUUUUAAUCUUCAUGGUGACAAAGAUUUAGCUACAAAUGCAUUGACAAAUGAAGAAAUCAACAAUCAUACAGGGAAUGACAAAACUGGGCUCAAGCAAAAUACCACUGGUAGGAAACUGUUUAAAGAAAUAGUAACAUCAGCUGGCAGUGGAGAUAACACAGUUUUAGAGUCCUCCCAUGACAACACACCAUCUACUUCGGACAAGUCUGAUAAUGACCAUGAUGAUGAUGAUGAUAAAGAGAAUAAAAUAAACUCUGAAGAAACACCAAGCAAAAGUAAAGCUGUUUCAUCAAGCAAGCAAGAUGAUGUUAUUGUUAUUAGCCCACUUCCGUCAGCUUCAAAACUUUCAGAGGUUUUUGCUGACUCCACAACCAAAAACACAGUAGUGAAUGUUCAUAAGAGGCUUCAGGAGACAAGAGAACUACUUGCAAGGACUAACAGGGAUUUUGCAGCAAAAUUUAACCACUACCAACUUGAAUGA